AGAUCCCUGUUCAAUCUACCAAACGACCAAGUUAUAAUAGGGCGCAACAGCCUGACGGGUUAUUUCUUUCCUCUGGAGGACCUGCCGGCGCCAUGAUGCGCCUUUCUGAGGGACAUGAGGAUAUAUUUCAUGCGUGGCUUCUUACUACUAUUAAGCAACUUGUUUGUUUUGGGAGGUAAAAUGUACUUCGGAUCGUUGAGAUUCAAACAGAGAUGGAAAGAUCUGCGAGCAUCGCCCAGAAGUUCUCAGUAUCACGUGAUGGUUAACAACAUAGAGCAUUCGAUAGGAGAAGCUUUCAAAAAUGAUUCUAACUUCGAAUACAUCAGAGUGACUCAAUUAAGGGAACAUGAGGCAAAUAAAAUAUCCACAAUACGAGGAAACCUUGCAGCAGAUUUUGAGAUGUCUUUUAACAAUCAGUCAAAAGCUAGAGGCAGUGUUUACAAUCUGUUCAACUUAGUGCAGAGUGGUGACCUUAACGGACUAUCAGUACAAGAGGAUUCUUUAUCCAUACAAGGCUUGACAAACAGAACUUGGCCUAAACUAAAACGAAGAACAAACCAACACCAGCGUCGUGCUGCCUUGGUAGUAAAAAAUACUUGGCCAUCAGGGAGCUACGGCCUUCCUAAACCAAAGUCAGGCUGCCCUAGUAAAGAGUGGCUGGAAGGUUUCAGAUAUCAAGACUCAGAAAAUGUCGAAAAUACGAACACAAAAACAAACGGAAGUCAUUUUUCGGGAAGAGUGACACCACAUGGGAUACGACAGGAAUUCUGUAUUCACAAAGAAACAGCAGGAAAACGGAUUCCUUGGCCAAGUGGAAAAUAUUGCAUUUAUAGAAAAGGAAAUUCGUGUCCAACCGGCUUACAAGAGGGUUGGAUUCGAUGGGACGAUGAAAAUACAGAUAUAGAUUUUCCAAAUUCGCUGGGAGGAGAACUACCAGAUGGGAUAUACGGAGAAAACACUGCAAUCUAUUUUUGCUGUAGCACUUCGGGCAAAAAAUCCACACCAAUAGUUUUGCCGUAUGGAUCUCCAUUUUACCUGAUUGCGUAUGGCUCACACAGGUGUCAGCGGGUGAGAUAUCACGAGGUGACUUCAGAAUAUCUCCAAUUUGACGACGAAGAUCAGGAUAACUCUAAUGCCCAUAGCCUCAUUUCACCGUUCGGGCCAUCAGAAGAUCUAUUUAACAAUAGAAUAUACUAUUGCUACUAUCGACCAAUUCCCUGUGAUAUUUCGUCCGACAUAACCUGUCCCAGGCAAACGCCUUCCUUAAUGGAAAUGCUGACAGUGAAGGCUACCAGAGGAUCUAAGUUUGUCACUGGGGGUGGGGUUGGGAUGAUGUUAAUGGGGUCAGCAUCCGUUGCUGUAUUUGCACGAAGAUUUCUAACACGAGCACGAGCGAGUUACUAGAGGAUCGACAACAUGGAAAGCAAAGAAGGGCAACCACAAUAGCUGCGUUUUACUUCUUGGAACUUUAGGGGGGUAUCGAAUAAAAUAAAUAGUUAUCAUAGUAUCUGCAUCCCAAGUUGCAGUUUUUAAGAGUUCACUUUGGUGUAAGAACCUGUGAAGUUUAUCUGUGUUUUAUCACUAUCAUUUUUCUAGGCUUAUUUGUUUUCGCGUUUUUGCGUCCCGCGUUAAUCAUCAAUCGUAAACACGACAGUUUUAUACACCGAGGCCGGGCCGAGCUCACAUGAUAAUUCUGUAGGCAUAAUUAGUGAGCCGUGCACGCUGCGAAAAAAACUUGCUUUGUAGCGGCACAUUCGAACACGUACGGUUAUAAAAAUGUCCUUGAACGAUUACUUACAAGUACCAAGUUGCUUUAGCAAACUUCGCAAAAUAUGAGUAUCUCUUGUUUCCUCAAUGCAGUAUUAACGACAGAAAAAUUUAUUCCAUAUUUUCAUCUAACCUCUGUUAUGA